AUGAGUACUCGAGACAGUAACUUCAAAGUGAUCGUUGUGGGCGGAGGCCCGGUAGGACUCGCAGCUGCCCAUGCCCUUCACCUGGCUGGCAUUGAUUUCCUGGUCCUGGAGCGCAGGCCUGCCAUCGUGGAAGAUAAAGGCGCCAGCCUCAUUGUUCAUCCUCAUACCCUACGGGUUCUUCAUCAAUUCGGUGUACUAGAGAAGUUGCUCCCUCGGGGAGCCGAGCUGCACCAUCAUUUGUCUUUUACUGCCGAAGGAUACGUUUUCAAGGAGGGUACUCAAUAUGCCCAAAUACGCCAGAAUCACGGUUAUGGGCCGGUUGCAUUCCACCGCUCCGAAUUGAUUGAGAUUAUGUACAACGAUCUUCCGCUGGCCGCUAGAGAAAGAGUCUUAACAGACAAGAAGCUAGUCGACAUCAAGACGAAGCCAGAAGGCGUCAGAGUGAGCUGCGCAGAUGGCAGUACUUUCGAAGGAUCGAUUGUGAUCGGUGCCGAUGGUGUUCACAGCAAGACUCGCCAGUUAAUGCGCAAGCUCGCCCUCAAGACAAACCCUACACGAUCCUGGGACUCUGAGCAACCCUAUGCAGCAACAUAUCAGCUCCUAUACGGUUCAUUUCCGUCACCAUCUGCAUCGGGCUUUGGGUAUGAUAUCCAGGCAAAGGACAAGUCUAUCAUGUACUUUAGCGGUCCAGACCGCGGCUGGUUCUUCUUGUACAAGAAGCUUCCAAGGCCCACGCAAGAGCGCACAAAUUACACCGACAAAGACAUUGAGGAUGUCGCUCAGGAGUUCUUAGAAUUCCCGCUGACAAGAACCGUGAAGGUGAAAGACGUUUGGUCACGGAUGUUAGCCGCAGGUCUGACGAAUCUGGACGAGGGAAUCGUGGAACACUGGAGCCUGGGAAGAGUCGUCCUUGUUGGUGAUGCAUGCCACAAGAUGACCACGCAUCUGGGACUCGGAUUCAACAAUGGAGUCCAAGAUAUAGUGGUACUCUGCAAUAGUCUUCGAAAGAUUCUCAAUGCGGCUCCUAACGGGAACCCGAGUACAGGUGCCCUCACUGAGACUUUUGAGAAGUACAAGGCAGUUCGAAUGAGCUCCGAAUGCUCACUCAAGGGCGAUGUCUGGAAAUCUGGGGUUGAGACCCGUAUGCAUAGCUGGCAUAAUACGUGGUACUAUAUUCUGUCUCGGUAUCUAGUUAUUCCUAGCUGGACGGAGAGCUUGGUUAUGCGCUACGUUAUGGCGCCCGAGUUUCGCAAGGGACAAGUUCUGGAUUAUGUCGCAAAGGAAGAGCCGAUGAAAGGGAUGAUAAGCUGGCUGUAUCCAAUGAAGGACCUGAUCUGA